GAUCUCUGAGUCUUUCUCAAGCUUCCCAUAGAUCUCAAUUCUCAACCAUCUUCGUUUCUCUACAUUUCAUAUUCAAACCUAUCCUUUCUCUCUUCCUUCUGCUUUCCCGUGUUUUGUUUUCUGUCUUUUGAUCUCUAGCUCAUAAAUUAGAAACCUAAAAUAUGAAGAAGAUCAGUUUGCUAUUAAGGAAGUGCAAGAGCUUGUCAAGCCAGCUAGGGAGAUCUUCAUCGUACAGCAGUCUGCGGUCCAAAUCGACUAGAGAAGAUUUCUAUGAUGGCAACAUCGUGCAUGAGAAUCAUCAGCAAAUUACUAUAUUUGUUGGAAGCACCAGAAAGCGUUACGUGAUCAGCUCCAAGUACCUGAACCAUCCUUUGUUGAAUGCUUUAAUCGACAAGUCAUCGAAUUCGAAAAAGAAAAAUAACUAUCGAGGAGAUGAUCAAGAUCAUGAGGAUAUCUUGGUGAAAUGCGAGGUGGUUCUCUUUGAUCACUUGUUAUGGAUGCUGGAGAAUGGAGAUCCAAGCUUUGGUGGUACUUCAGAGUCUUUGGAGGAACUGGCUGCACUCUAUGUGUUCUAA